UACUGGGAUGGGUUCAGCACUACGAGAGCGGUACGAUCGGUUGGACGAGCUCGUCAUGCGGAAGAUGCCACGCUCGCAUGGACGAAGUAUAUUGAGCACUGUGUAUAACUUCCCAGAACUCGACAGCUGGAGGGAGGACAUGGAAGACAUACAUGAUCAGAGUAUGCAAGCUGAACAGAAGAACACCGUUGGAGAGGAGGUGCACCUCCGGCCCAAGGGUCUUCGACGCAACACGUUUUGACAUCCCUGCAACCCUGCAUCCUGGCUCGUAUCGUCGCAUGGAGUUCAAUGGCCCCGCGGCCGCAAC